AUGGCGCGCCGGCAGCAUCUCACAGCGUCCAUCCUGUUGGUCGUCGUCCUGUUCCUCAGCUUCUCGUAUUUCCUGUCCAGCCACGAUGUGGACCGAAUCCAUGACUAUGAGCCUGCGGCAGAGCCCAAGUCGGAAUUCAAAGUGGACCUGGGUGGCAUGCCAGCUAGUCUGCUCGACGGAGAGUCUAUAGCCCCCAAGCUGGAGAAUGCAACACUCAAGGCCGAGCUGGGUCGUGCAACAUGGAAGUUCAUGCACACAAUGGUCGCCAGAUUCCCCGAGGAGCCCUCGCCUGAAGAGCGCAAGACCCUCGAGACGUUCGUCUACCUCUUCAGCCGCCUAUACCCCUGCGGCGACUGCGCGAGGCACUUCCGGGGCUUGCUGGCGAAAUACCCUCCCCAGACGAGCAGCCGGAAUGCGGCGGCCGGAUGGCUGUGCUUUGUGCACAACCAGGUCAACGAGAGGUUGAAGAAGCCGAUAUUCGACUGCAACGACAUUGGCGACUUUUACGACUGCGGCUGCGGAGAUGAAGAUAAGAAGAAGGGAGAGGGCAAGGAGGGGGGGAAGAAGGAGGAAGCUAAGGUUGGCACGGAACUGGUUAAAGAAUAG